AAUGGUGAAUUGACAAUUCCACCACUACUAAUUCAGGAGACAACGGAGACUGUGUUUCGAAACCUCAUCAGCUUGGAGCAGUGUUGCCCUAAUUAUGAGCCUAAAAUCACUUCCUACGCCGUUCUGUUGGACAACCUUAUCAACACUAAAGAUGACGUGGAAAUACUUAGCAAGAAUAGGGCCAUUGAUCUGUGGCUGAAUCUUGAGCAGGCGACCAAAUCAUUCAGCAAUCUCUAUAUUGACACUUACCUCAAAGAAUCCUUUUAUAUCAAACUUACUCGUGAUGUGGAUACAUGGUGCCAGGCCAGCUGGAACAAACAUCGAAGAUCGCUGGUGCGUGACUAUUUCAAACACCCAUGGACACUUAUCUCCGUCAUCGCUGCGUCUAUCGCAUUGAUUCUUUCCUUCCUGCAGACCUUGUACACCAUUAAAGGAUCUUAA